AUGCUAAUUUUAUGCAUUCUCCCACUGAUAGUGGACUCGGCUUACUCUGCUGACGACGGGUGCGGCUCUAUACGUGGCGAAGGUGUACCAUCGCUUCACUCGUUCACGAGCCCCAAUUACCCAAAUCAUUAUUCGUCCAACUUGGACUGUGUACGGGUCAUUCAGGCUAGGCCAGGAUUCGAUAUACUCGUAAAUUUUCAUCAUCAUUUUCAGAUUGAAACCUCAUAUGACAUUGAAAAAAAUGUGGAGGAGAAAGGAGUCACUUCCAACUGUCCGAACGAUUUUAUAGAAUUUCGCGAUGGACGUUAUGGUUUUUCCCCAGUGAUCGGCCGAUUUUGUGGGAUGGACACUCCGAAGAUGGAGAUCCGCGCGAGAUCGGGUUUUCUCUGGAUUCGCUUUCGCUCUGACGAUUUAUUAGAGUACACAGGAUUUUACGCUACUUAUGAAAUGGUGCGCUCUACGGAUCGAAGGCUCAACCCUCACGGUUCCUUCUACAAAGACUGCGAGAUCCAAUACCGACAUGCUCUUGAUGGAGUUAUCGAGACAAAAACUCUGACUUCUGGAUUGCCCCACAAUUACACCGGUCCACUUGACUGUGUGUGGCUGAUUGAAGUGCCAUCCGAGUACAGUAUCGUCUUGUACUUUGACGAGUUUUCUCUCUAUUUUCCAAAUCACUGCGGACACAAUUUUUUCGAGGUUUUUUCGGGCACCACUUCCGAUCAGCCUGCGAGAAGGUACUGCGGAAUGACAGCAGCACCAGUGUUCUCUGCUCAUCAUAUUAUGUACAUUCGAUUCUAUCUCGAUGAUGCCAAUCGCAUCAGCAACACCUCUAUAUCAGCCCUGUACUCAUCAUAUGCAAAAUUGAAAAACUGCUCAUCGAAGCAAAUGUUCAGUUGUGGAGAUGACAACUGUGUGCCACAAUCUCUUGCUUGUAACGGCCGAAAGAACUGUCCCUACGGUAACGACGAGCUCGCCUGUCAUGUUGCUCAAGAUUUUCUCUUUCGAAUGGUUUUCAAUUCGUAUAGUCCUCUCGUUUUUCUUACAAUUAUAGUAUUUCUUGUUGUGUGUGGACUAUACAUAUGGCAUUAUUGGCCAAGAGAUGCUUGCAGGAGAAGGAAACCUAUGCAGACUACUUAG